AUGAACGUACGCCUGCGCGCCAACGAACCGGCGAGCAAACUAGCCGAGCGGCUGAGGCGGGCUGGCGGACCAUUGGCAGUGAGAGACUUGGACAUCACAAAUUGCUUCGACGUCAACGUCCAGCAACUAGUUCCCCUCAUUACAGAAUGCAAGCUACUCCAACACUUGCGGUGCGCCGCCUGCACCAUACCGCCCAGCGACGUGUUGAUGUUGGUGAUGCAGCGGCUACCGCACCUCGUUGAAGUCGAGUUUUCAUGCCUCAUCGACAGAACGAUCGUGCACGCCGAGAUUAGUCGCCUAGCCGGAAUAGCGUGCACUCUAGGCUGCAGUGCUCUGAAACUGCAACGCCUGUACGUCGAAAUUGGACAAGAGCACAACUUCCGCCUACUCUCCACCUUCUUGCGUUGCUGCCCCAACGCGAGCUCCCUACACGUGCACCUAGUGUGCGGUGAAUUCCAUGAAGCCGUUCGGGAGUGCCACACCCUCCUUGAAGAGCACAGACAACUGGACACGUUCAGGUUCACCUCCGAGCUGCCUUCGCCCUUUCAGUGCGAUCCGCCCAGUGCUCUCCAUUUCGCCGUCUAUGUCGCAGUCUGCGCCAACUUCACCUACCAGAGGUCCAAAAACUUGCGGAGCUGCGCACGACUACAGGACCUGGCGGAGGCCGGCGUCGAACCCCAGACUAUACCAUUUCAGACGGCCUUGGUCGCGGUCGAAGACCAAUUCACGCCUGAAUGGCUUCGCGCGGCCAGCAUCACACACGACUGGAGGGACGUGCGACAACUAUGCCUCGUACUAUUUCUGCCACACCUGUCUACCACCUUCCCAGCGGCGGACGGCACGUACCGCGACUGUCUUCGCGAGUUCAGCACGCAGCUCAGGCAGCUCGUCGAGCUCAACGUAAGCUCGUUCCAUUUCGGACCCGGUAUCGACGUCACCGCAUUCUUUGAGGGGGGCUGGAUGCCGUUCCUGCAGUCGCUCUCGGCGGCCCCUUGCGGUUUUCGCAGCGUCUUGACCCUGAAAUGUCUAGCGACGUACUGUCCCGACUUCAAGGAACUGGACGUUCGCUUUGAGAGUAGAGGCAGCUUUUGCCGGUGCGCUGGAUGCGAGUCUGAAACCCUUUACGUUAGCGGAUUUCACAGCUUCCCCAGUCCCGCCUUCCGGAACGGGCUUGCCAGGUUGACACUGAGCCGAGUGCACGACGCUGCGUGCCUGUCGUUCCUCGAGUGCUGCAGGCCAGUUGCUACACUGCGGUUGUCCUACUGCCCUUUGGAGCUGGACUACGAGCGUAUGUCUCGCGCGCUCGCCCACAGCAGUGAUCCUAUCUGCCUUAUUUUACAGCACCAUCUCCUACGGUUGGACGACACGGAUCUGCUGGAAAACCUGCACCGCUUCACCGACCUCCAGUACUUGUACCUCCUGUUGUACACGCGUCUGGACGAACGAGAGUUACCCAGUUCUACGACUUGCAUCUUGCGGAGCCUACCACAGCUCAAGUGCUUGCACGUCCACUACGAAUGCGACGACAGUCCCAGAGUCCUUAGGACAGCAACCUGGAUGCGUGGACCUGGCGGGGAAAUGAGUGACGAACUGGUACGCGGUGGUCCCUGCUUCCAAAGUUGUUCAACGGCUACCUUCAUAGGACUCGCAAAGCCACUGAACCGCGACUUCCAGCCGAUGCUGUAGUUGAAGGCUGGCAAACUUUUAUGAAUGACAAGCACAAUUUGCUGAAGAUAAGAAGUUGCGCCUUACCUUGCUUUAGUUGGUACAUGUGCACUAAUAAACACAGUACACUGUGUG